UCGCUUCCUCACUCCCGAAAUUUAACCUUUUCCUCCCUUCUCUUUCUCUCGCGGAUUUCUGCUGUUGCGAUGGCGGCCAAGGGAAACGGGCCCCCUCCGGCCGGGGCGGAGGAGGCGGUGGAGAGGUGCCCGGUGGAGGAGGUGGCGCUGGUGGUGCCGGAGACGGACGACCCGACGUUGCCCGUGAUGACAUUCCGUGCGUGGUUCCUCGGACUGGCGUCCUGCAGCCUCCUCAUAUUCCUCAACACCUUCUUCACCUACCGCACGCAGCCGCUCACCAUCUCCGCCAUCCUCAUGCAGAUCGCCGUGCUGCCCAUCGGCCAGUUCAUGGCCUCUGUGCUGCCCAACCGGGAGGUAAGGAUCUUCCCCGGGGGCUGGGGAUUCAACCUCAACCCCGGUCCUUUCAACAUCAAGGAGCACGUCAUCAUCACCGUCUUCGCCAACUGUGGCGUGUCCUUCGGCGGAGGCGAUGCCUAUUCCAUCGGCGCCAUUACGGUGAUGAAGGCCUACUACAAACAGAGUUUGAGUUUCCUCUGCGCGCUCGUUAUUGUGCUCACGACUCAGCUAUUAGGCUAUGGCUGGGCUGGGAUGAUGAGGAAGUACUUGGUGGAGCCAGCUGAAAUGUGGUGGCCUUCUAACCUUGCUCAGGUUUCCCUCUUCAGAGCUUUACACGAGAAGGAUGAGAGAUCGAAAGAGCUAAGCCGGAUGAAGUUCUUUCUCAUAUUCUUCAUUGCCAGCUUUGCGUACUACACCUUGCCCGGCUACCUCGUGCCGAUAUUAACCUUCUUCUCAUGGAUGUGUUGGGCGUGGCCUCACAGUGUCACUGCUCAGCAAAUUGGAUCAGCGUACCAUGGUCUCGGCGUCGGUGCAUUUACACUUGACUGGGCAGGGAUCUCUGCGUACCAUGGGAGUCCUCUCGUCACUCCAUGGGUCUCCAUUCUCAAUGUGGCUGCCGGAUUCAUUAUGUUUAUUUACAUAAUAGUUCCUGUGUGUUACUGGAAGUUCAACACAUUCGACGCGCAGAAGUUUCCGAUAUUCUCCAAUAAGCUCUUCACUACCACAGGCCAUCCAUAUGACACUACCAGGAUAUUGACGCCGAAUUUUGAUCUGAAUGUUGCUGCAUAUGAGAGCUACGGAAAGCUCUAUCUUAGUCCUCUUUUUGCACUCUCGAUCGGAUCAGGAUUUGCAAGAUUCACAGCGACUAUUACCCAUGUCAUCCUUUUCCAUGGAAGUGAUAUCUGGAGGCAAAGCAAGUCAGCGAUGAACUCUGCAAAGUUGGAUAUCCAUGGUAAGCUGAUGAAGAAAUACAAGCAAGUUCCUCAGUGGUGGUUCCUCGUUCUACUGCUAGGAAGCAUUGUAUUAUCACUAGCGGUGUCCUUCAUUUGGAAACAAGACGUGCAGCUGCCAUGGUGGGGCAUGAUAUUUGCUUUCGCUCUGGCUUGGAUCGUUACGCUUCCCAUUGGAGUAAUUCAAGCAACCACAAAUCAGCAACCUGGAUAUGAUAUCAUCGCCCAGUUCAUGAUUGGGUAUGUCCUUCCCGGAAAACCAAUUGCUAAUCUCCUGUUCAAGAUCUAUGGAAGGAUCAGCACCGUCCACGCCCUUUCAUUCCUUGCCGAUUUGAAGCUCGGCCAUUAUAUGAAGAUUCCACCUCGGUGCAUGUACACUGCUCAGCUCGUCGGAACUGUCGUCGCCGCCGUCGUGAACCUUGCGGUGGCUUGGUGGAUGCUCGAGAACAUCGCAAACAUCUGUGAUGUUGAUUCUCUACAUCCCGACAGCCCAUGGACCUGUCCUAAGUACAGAGUCACCUUCGAUGCUUCGGUCAUAUGGGGUCUGAUAGGCCCCGCCCGCCUCUUCGGGAACGGAGGGCUUUACCGGAACUUGGUGUGGCUGUUCCUCAUCGGAGCGCUCUUGCCGGUUCCAGUGUGGCUGUUCAGCAAAAUGUACCCGGAGAAGAAAUGGAUCCCUCUCAUCAACAUCCCCGUCAUAUCUUACGGCUUCGCCGGCAUGCCGCCAGCGACGCCAACCAACAUAGCUAGCUGGCUCCUCACCGGCACCAUCUUCAACUACUUCGUCUUCCGGUAUCGAAAGGGCUGGUGGCAGAGGUACAACUACGUGCUGUCUGCAGCUUUGGACGCCGGAACGGCGUUCAUGGGGGUGCUGCUGUUCUUAGCCCUCCAGAACCAGGGUCACACUCUGAACUGGUGGGGGUCAGAGCUCGAUCAUUGUCCUCUGGCGACAUGUCCGACUGCGUCUGGAAUAUCAGUCAAAGGAUGCCCUGUCUUCUAGGAAUAAAAUCCAAGCUAAGAGAAUUCACUGAUGUAGGAGCACGUUCCGCCAUUGUAGAUCGUUAACAUCGAUUGCAGCCGAGUGAUGUUAUCAAAUGCCCCCUCUACUUGUAUAAGAUGCAAAAGUUCAAUUUCAACUCAAAUAUCUCUUCAUCGAUUCAUGGAUCAUUUAAUAUUUUUAAUGUCGUACUAAUUUUUAUGUCAUCUAAAAAUGUAAAAAUAUAGAUGAAGUGUUGUUAAGUUUGAGUUAAGUGUUGUAGCAGCAAGAAGUACAAUAAUAAUAAAAAAAACAUAUUUGUUUCCUA